CUCUCUCUCAAGAAGCAGUGGCAGAGCUAAACUGAGGGUCAGUUGCGCGGUGAUGGCGGCCAAUCAACCGCCUCCCCCCAAGCCGUGGGAGAACCGGCGACUAUCUGCUGAUGUAGGAGUCAAUCAACUGACUAGACCUGGACAGCCCAUGCUUACUCGAGUUCCACCUCCUAUUCUGCCAAGGCCUUCACAACAGACUGGGAGCACUGCUCUGAAUACCUUCAGACCUACAUAUAGCAGUUCUUUUUCUUCAGGCUAUGGCACAUAUGGAAAUUCUUUUUAUGGAAGUUACAGCCCAUAUAAUUACGGAUAUGGUGGCUUGGGCUACAGUCGUUUUCGGAUGGAUGAUAUUCCUACCAGCCGAUUUGUUCAGCAAGCUGAGGAAAGCAGCCGGGGUGCAUUUCAGUCCAUUGAAAGCAUAGUCCAUGCCUUUGCCUCUGUCAGCAUGAUGAUGGAUGCCACCUUUUCAGCUGUCUACAACAGUUUCCGAGCUGUAUUGGAUGUUGCCAAUCACUUUUCCAGGCUCAAAAUACAUUUUACCAAGGUGUUUUCAGCCUUUGCAUUAGUCAGAACUAUAAGGUAUUUCUACAGAUGGCUGCAGAGGUUACUGGGUAUGAGAAAGAGCUCAGAGAAUGAUGAUUUGUGGGCAGAAAGUAAAGGAACUGUGGCCUGCUUUGGUCCCGAAGAAAAGGCAGCUAACUCUGCAAAAUCCUGGCCCAUUUUCCUAUUCUUUGCUGUUGUUCUUGGAGGUCCCUACCUUAUAUGGAAGCUGCUGUCCACCUACAGUGAUGAUGAAACAGUUUCCAGUGAUUGGGCCAGUGGAGAGGAUGAUCAUGUUGUUGGGAGAGCAGAAUAUGACUUCAAUGCUAUUUCAGAGGAAGAAAUUUCUUUCCGUGCAGGUGAAAUGUUAAAACUGGCACCCAAAGAACAACAACCCAAGUUACGUGGCUGGCUUUUGGCCAGCCGUGAUGGUCAAACAACAGGACUCAUACCAGCUAAUUAUGUCCGAAUACUUGGUAAAAGAAAAGGGAGAAGAAGUUUAGAGAUGGAGAAGGUUGCAGAGCAUCAAUCUGCAGUCAGCAAUACUUCUUUGGUUCAAGAAAGCACAACGGCUGGUGCUUUGGAGGAGCAAGAGGCUGCCUUUGAGUCUGUUUUUGGGGAAACAAAUAAAAUUCCUGUCAGAUCAAAUUGUCCUGUGCUUAGUGGAGUUAAAGAAGAUUUUUGAUGCUUGAAGAUUUAUCAGAGCUACUGGACUGCAUUCACCAAUAAUACUUUAGGGUAGCCAUUCAGUAGUAAGUAGCAAAACACUGUUAUUGACUGUAUCCAGGUAAUGUGCUAUUCAUACCUGGUAGUGUCAGUCAUAGGGACAGUUGUUAUUGGCCCUAAACCCAUAUUAGGUUCAUUGAACAUUAGGCAGUUGGGUAACGUAUGCUAAGGUCCAUCAUAUUAUCUCAGACAUUGGUGACUAUAGAGUAAAAAUAUCAUCUUCUGAUCUGAAGAAGCUGGUAAUAAGGCUUCAGACAGCUCUCUGUGCUGAAGCGGUUCUUGAAGUCUAAAGAAUCUGCUUCAUACAGUAGCAUUGUGGUAGUAUUGAGAGAGAAUGUUUUCAGAGGUUUUAAUUAUACCGUGUGGCUGGUUUUGUUUUGUUUUUGUACAUUUUUGUGAGGUGAAAGGAAAAUCUCUGAUUCAGGGAGAUGAGCUACCAAUAGGGAAACUUACAGGGUUGAAACUAAUGCAUCCACUAGAUAGAAAUAUAUAUAAUAUGCUUAAAAAAACAGCAAAAAGUCCAUCUAAUUGUAGUUCUGAGGUAUAUACUGGCAGAUCACUUGAUCCUCUUUUCAUAUGCUGCAUAUGAACAUUGUGAAAGCUGGAAGGUUGGUUUUGGUUUUUUUUAACUGCUCUAUAGCAUUGCAUUUGAAGUCUGAUGUAGUCCUCUUACUUGGAUUGGAAGAUAUUUGCUAUUUGGUAAAAAGCUACAUUGCCACUUGUUCUUCCAGGUAAAUUAUGUAACAACUUUCCUCUAUCUUUUUACUGAAACAUGUUCUGUCAAGAAUAUUUCAUAGAGGCUCAAACUCAUCAUAAAAUGGCAGUAUAUCUUUUUGUUUUAAAGUUAAUUCUGUUACUGUCACAUGCAAUUUGAGCCUAGUGAUUGAUAAAAGUCAUAAAUACAUGUUUUUCUGUAGUUGGUUUCUUAAUAUUGCAAAUGCCAACAGUGUCAUUUCACUUAACAUUCUGCUUAGUAAAUCUGUAGUAAUUGCUUGAGUGAGAAUACUGAAUGUGGCUUUUGUAUCCAAAAGGUGUGAGGUGUUGUUUACAAAGCCAGACUGAUAUGAAAAUAAAACUCCUCAUAAAAAUCACAUUUAAUACUAAAUUGAGGCCAUGCCAUUCUCAACAGUCAGGAUAAAUAUCUAAGUUUAUUCUAAAGAAGGGUUGAUAAGUGACAAACUAAUUUCAGGGUGAAAUGUAUUAGAUGAAAUACAUAGACUUUGAAGUUCUGUUGUGUUGAUAGCUUAAAAUGCUUUGAGCUUAUAAUGCAACAAAAUUAUACAUUCUUUUUUUUCUCUAACCAUCUUAAAAUAAAUGGAUUUCCAAAUUGGAAAAUACAAAUUGACAUCCUUCAUUUUAAAUCAAAAUUCUUCUAUACAUAUUUUUAAAUAAACUUUUUGUUUGCAGCUUUGCUACAAGCCUAAUUUUUUAAAGAAUUCUAAACAAUUUUGUAUCUUGAGGUAAAUUGCAGCAUAGAACAAAGAGCUUAAAUGAGAGUCCCUUAGCUGGAAAUACUUUUUUCCCCAUAGCAUUCAGGUUCAGUCAGUGUAUAAUUCAUCAUUGUGCUAAGGUCCUUGAGAAAGGAAUUUUCUUUGAUCCCUUUCAUUUAAUGAUGAAGCAAUGCAGUAAUUUCUAAUUAAAAUACUUGAAUUUCUACUUAGGUAAGACUAGCAGCUAUAGGCCAGAAAAAUGAAAAACCAGGAUUCGACUGAAGAUGGUCAGGCCUGAACAACCACAAGCAAUUCUUUAUUAUUUACAUGAUUGGGUGCUUUUGGAUUGAACUUGGUGACAUAAAUUGGUACCUUGAUUUUCCUCCAAAAAUAUGCUAGGAAAUUUAAGUAAAGAUGUUGAUAUGGAUCUAAUAUCUGAAACCAGUUUUUCUUGCCUACUGAAACUAGCAUCUGGUGAUGAAAAAGGGUAAGUUCCAGAUUGUAACUGGCCUUCAAAUCAAGGCAUAAAAUACUUGAUUUUUCUGAUACUUUUAUCAAUGGGUUGAAUUCUAAUAAAAAGGACCAUUGACUUUUAGUCUGAUCCUAAAAAAAUACUUAACUGAAUAUAUUGAAUUUGAUAGGGCUCACUUCUUAGGAAGUUUUCUUGAAUUUACAAUUUUUAUCAUACAUGAACUUAUUUCAUUAUAACUAACGAAGUAGCAUAUACAUGCAUAACUCUGAACCUUUAACUUUAUACUUGCUUUAGUGGAACCAGAAUGCAAAUGGUUAUAAUGAUUUAGCUUUUAGUGAAGAUUUUAUCAUGCAGUGGGAAUAACUGUUAAAUCUAUUAAAUUCCACUAAAUUUUGA